AUGCAGAAAGAAAAUAUCUAUUUACAAAGAUGGAUUUUAUUUCCAGCAGAUGGAUGCAAAAGCAGGAAUACCUCGGAAGGACGUCUCCUUUUGUCUUCAGAUUAUAAAAUAGAAGAUAACAUCGUACAAGAUUCUCCAGGAGAAACCCCUAUUACACUAAACAUACAUCCAGUGUUGGAUAGUGGAGAUAGGUCAUCUGAUCACGCUAAUCAUAAAGAUUGUUCUGCUGAUACAUUAGAUGAUAUUACACUUAGAACAAGCCCUACAGGUGCUAAAAUGUUCCCCUGUUCAGAGUGUGGUAAAUGUUUCUUACAUCAUUCACUCUGUGUUAGACAUCAGAGAGCUCACACAGGUGAGAAACCAUUUCCAUGUUCUGAGUGUGGGAAAUGUUUCAAACAUAAAUCACAGCUUACUGUACAUCUUAGAGUUCACACAGGGGAGAAACCGUUCUCUUGUUCUGACUGUGGGAAAUGUUUUGCACAGAAGUCCGCUCUUCUUACACAUCAGGGAAUUCACAUAGGUGAGAGGCCAUUUCCAUGCUCUGAGUGUGGGAAAUGUUUUAGACGUAAAUCACGUCUUGUUCUACACCAGAGAACUCACACAGGUGAGAAGCCAUAUUCAUGCUCUGAGUGUGAGAAAUGUUUUAUAUAUAAAUCUGAGCUUGUUAAAUAUCAAAAAUCUCAUACACAUGAUAAGCUAGUUCCAUGCUUUGAUUGUGGGAAACAAUUUACUCAGGAAGCAGGUCUUCUAAGACAUCAGAGAACUCACACAGGUGAGAAGCCAUUUCCAUGUUCUGGGUGUGGAAAUGUUUUACACAUAAAACAGGUCUUGUUAAAGAUCAGAGAAGUCACACAGGUGAGAAGCCGUUUCCGUGCUCUGAGUGUGAAAUGUUUUACAGAUACAUCAUCUUUUAUCAGACAUCAGAGAACUCAUACAGGUGAGAAGCCAUAUUCCUGUUCUGAGUGUGGGAAAAUGUUUUACACAAAAAACAACCCUUUGUAGCUCAGGGAAUUCACACAGGAAAAAAACAAUUACCGUAAGGUGGAAGAUAACAAGUUUGUAGCCAUAAUCUAAAUAUUAUGAAAGAUGGUGAUAUUAUUAGUGUAAAUGAUAAAUUGGUGUAAACAUAUAUUUACGUAUUGUAUUGACAUCACUGAUUUCUGGAGGGCCUUUUAAAGCUUUACUCACACGUUACAUUAACGUUAUAGUUUAAUUACCAUGUACAGACA